ACAAUUCGGUGCGGCCGGUCAUAAUCCAACAAAAAAUUGUCCAACAAUUAUUGCAUUCUCUCUCUAUGCUAGCUUCUUCAGACAUGGAUUCGCCCCUAAUUUAUUUCAGCUAUGCUGCGGCCCACAUGAAUUUCUAUAUAUAUUUAUAAUAAUGGGAGGAAGGACGAAAUGCGGAAAGCUUAAUAUGGGGGGUGGAUAGAAAUCUUUCUCGAAUCUUCACACCCCCCUUUUUUAUUUCCCAUUUGUUUUUUUGUUCAUCAUUUUUUCGAAUUCAAGGUUUCUGCGCAUUGUUUUCUGACUGGAGAGAUUAUAUUGAUUGAUUCGUUUAUUCUGAGAUUUUUGGGAAAAUUUAUUCCCAAAAUUUCAGAGCCCUAGCUGCACAAUUCUGUGUGGUGUGAUAAUUGGUUUGUUAUUUUCAUUCUCGAUGCGUUUGAGGGUUUGGUUAGAAAGAGAGAAUUUGUGAUUGAUAUCAUUUUAGUGAGAGGAUCGAUCAUAAAUGGAGCACAAAGAGAAAGAAUUUGUGAUUGAUAUUGAAAAUGGUGAUGCUAAUGGGAGUAAGGAUUCAUCCUCUGAUUCCACAUGGGGGAAGAAGAUUUUGAAAAGGAUUGGCAGUGGGAUUUUGAAUUUAAAUGGAUCUGUUGAUGAUGAAGCCGGGGUGAAAUCGGAUGUUGGUACAGAAGAAGAGCUUGAUAAAGAGACGACGAAAUUGUUGAGUGAUAAGGCUCGGGGAGGGGAGGAGGGUGAGGGGGUAGUGCCCCCUGUCGAGAGGGACAAUGAGAGGGGAGGAGAGGGGCGGGCUCCCCCUGUUGAGAAGGAGAGACGGAAGGGUGGGAAGGCGAAGAAGGCUGCAAAGCCUCCUCGGCCUCCAAAGGGUCCGACCUUGGAUGCUGCGGACAUGAGGUUGCUCAAGGAGAUAUCUAGGCUUGCUAUUAAGAAGCGUGAGAGGAUGGAACAUUUGAAGGCAUUGAAGAAGAAUAAAUCGCCCAAAUUGUCAUCCCCAUCAUCUUCUUCGUCGUCGUCAUCAGCAUGUUCAUCUGCUGCAACCAUCUCAGCCAUGUUCGUCACUAUUUUCUUUUUUCUCGUGUUAAUCUUACGAGGUCUAAACGCGAGCACCAGUUCGACUUUGAUAAUCACAGGAGCUCCUCAACCUCAGCCACCACCACAAAUGAGAGGCUUGUUGCCUGUUCAGUUCUAUAAAACUUUUAAAUCUAAUGGUGGUGGUACACUGAGUUUCUUACCUCCCAAGUGCGUUUUCUCUUAAUAUCAUGCUUCUUGUCUGCACCCUCGUCCACGCAUAGACAUUGUUUUUGCUCCUUGUAAUUCUCCCUCGAUUGCUAACUUCAUCGAUGCAGGUCUACAUAAUUUCUGUGUGGUACGAGUCUUAGUCUCAGCUGGCUGGAACAGAACAAAGACGAAGAUGAAAAUGAGGACAAGCGAGCGUCUCCUGAGAAAAUGUAGUUUGGGUUCUUGAAAUGGUGGAGAUCAGAUUCUAACCGAGUGCGCAUAUUUUCUCUCUAACUCUUUGUAAAUGAGAAAGUUGUUUGAUUCUCUUGCACUAGUUCAAAGUGUUCUUUGUAUCUAUAUAAGCCAAAUACUAAUAAAUAUAACUUCACUUUUCUUUGUUUAAA